AUGGGCCCAGGUCGAGUGAUAAGCAAGCUGCUCUGCUCUGGGGAGAAGGAGGUUGAUCUGGCUGUGCAGAGUGCGAAGGCUGCCUUUAAAAUAUGGAGUCAGAUGUCUGGUAUGGAGCGGAGCAGGGUGCUGCUGGAGGCUGCCAGAAUUAUUCGGGAGCAGAGAGAAGAAAUUGCCACCUUGGAAACCAUAAACAAUGGGAAAUCCAUCUUUGAAGCCAGAGUGGACAUUGAUGUAUCCUGGCAGUGCCUGGAGUAUUACGCAGGACUGGCAGGAUCUCUAGCUGGUGAACACAUCCAGCUUCCCGGGGGAUCCUUUGGGUACACUCGGAGAGAGCCCCUCGGGGUGUGUGUUGGGAUUGGAGCCUGGAACUACCCUUUCCAGAUUGCCUGUUGGAAGUCUGCCCCGGCCUUGGCUUGUGGCAAUGCGAUGGUCUUCAAGCCCUCUCCCUUCACCCCCAUUUCGGUGGUGAGGUUGGCAGAGAUCUUCACAGAGGCCGGUGUGCCCAAGGGCCUCUUCAAUGUGGUGCAGGGUGGGGUGGCCACAGGCCAGUUCCUCUGUCAUCACCCAGAUGUGGCCAAAAUCUCUUUCACUGGCAGUGUGCCGACUGGCAUCAAGAUCAUGGAGAUGGCAGCUAAAGGGAUCAAACCAGUCACCCUGGAGCUGGGGGGCAAAUCCCCCCUUAUCAUCUUUGCGGACUGUGCCUUGGAGAACGCUGUGAACGGAGCCCUCAUGGCCAACUUCCUCACACAGGGCGAGGUAUGCUGCAAUGGCACGCGGGUGUUUGUGGAGAGGAAGAUACUGGAUGUCUUCACAAAGGAGAUGGUGAAACGCACCCAGAAAAUUAAAGUUGGAGACCCGCUUCUAGAAGACACGCGGAUGGGAGCCCUCAUCAACCAGCCCCACCUAGAUCGUGUCCAGGGCUUUAUCAAGCAGGCGAAGGAGCAGGGGGCAGAAGUGUUGUGUGGUGGGGACCUGUAUGUGCCAGAUGACCCGAAGCUGAAGAACGGCUACUACAUGCGACCCUGUGUGUUAGGGAACUGCACAGAUGACAUGACGUGUGUGAAGGAAGAGAUCUUUGGGCCUGUCAUGUCCAUUCUGCCGUUUGACACGGAGGAGGAGGUUGUGGAGAGAGCCAACAACACCAAAUUCGGCCUGGCAGGUGGUGUCUUCACCAGGGAUAUCCAGAAGGCUCACAGGGUAGUGGCUGCUCUCAAGGCUGGCAUGUGCUUCAUUAACAACUACAACGUCAGCCCUGUGGAGCUGCCUUUCGGAGGAUACAAGGCAUCAGGAUUUGGCAGAGAGAACGGGCGGGCAGCCAUUGAGUACUACUCGCAGCUGAAGACUGUCUGUGUGGAGAUGGGUGAUGUGGAGUCUGUGUUUUAGUGGCUCUGGGGCCUGCUCAGGGGAGCGUCAGCUGGUUCUUGCCCGUCAGCCAGAGAUGUGGAUCAUGUACACAGCAAUAAAGUGCUCUAACAUUGUAAGUGCCGGGGGG